AUGAAGCUCCGCAGCUUUCGGGCGCUUCGCAUCGGCGCAUUGCCGGGGUCGCCUUUUGGCUACGAGGUGCUAAUAAGGCCUGCAGAGGCGGCACCGCUGAGCACAGCAGCAGCAGCAGCAGCUGCUGCUGCUGCAGUAGACGGCGCAGCAGCAGAAGAAGCGAGCAGCGAAGCAGCAGCAGCAGCAGCAGCAGCAGCAGCAGCAGGAAGGGCCUUGUUUGUCUGCAAUGCGCCGCUGCUGCUGCAGCAGCAGCAGCUGCAGCAAGCCUUUGCUGCUUUCGGCCCUAUAGAGGCUCUUUAUGACAAGCUUACGGAGCAAAAAGUUUCAAAAAAGAAUGCAGUUUCCGUGCGUCUAGUGCACGUCAUCUAUGAAGAAGCAGCAGCAGCAAAUAGAGCUCUUGCUGCUGCAGUACCCUUAGACUGGGGGGCCCCGGGGGGGACCCCUGGAGUUGUGGGGGAGGUGGACACCUUCAUGCGUUCUUAUGACAUGGCGAAGGACUUGAAGAAGCAGCAGAGGAAAAAGCAAGUUGUGGAUGAAGACGGCUUUAUUCUUGUGCAAGGGGGAAAGAACAGCGCCGGAGACGGAGGAACUGUGAAAGGGUUUAGAGCAGCAGAAAACUUUGCUGCUGCUGCUGGCGAGGGGGAAAGCCUGUUUAGGGCUCAAGCAGCAGCAGCAGCAGCAGCAGCAGCAGCAGCAGCAGCAGGGGGCCCCCAGCUGGGUCCUGCUGCUGCUGCUGCACUGGGUAUUAACACAGCAGCAGCAAUUAAGAAAAGAAAAAGAAAAGAAAGGCUGCAGGACUUCUACGCUUUUGCAAAGAGAGAGAAGCAAAAACAAGAGGCUGAAGACGCAGCUGUUCGAGCGGAGAAGGCGCUGCAGACUGUGGCUGCUCUCACGAAGAAGAAUGCCUUCCGUCUUAGCUAG